AUGGAAGAGCCGUCGUGGACUCGCAAGCUAGCUCCGGACCGCACGAUAGCCGAGGAAGCGAAGGCCAUCCUUCACGAGCUGAAUGCAGUGGUGGCAGUCGGGCCGCGCUGGCAGCUGAGCACGUGCACAUGCCCCUUCUCCGCUCCACCCCCUCUUUUCCCCCUCCCCCUGCUACCUGAGCAGCUGAAUGCAGUGCUGAAUGCAGUGGUGGCGGUCGGGCCACGCUGGCAGCUGGACACCUUUCUGGGCGGCACUGCCCGCCUCUCUGCCAUCCAGAAGGCCCUGCGCGCGCGGCUAAACAACAUAGAAGGGGCAGCUGGAGCAGCGGGUGGGAUAGCGGGUGACGGCGUGGGGGGAAGGAGGGCGGAAUAUUACGAAGAUGGGGAGAGCAGCAGAGACGACAUAGGAGUGUGGGGGAAUAAGGGGUAUGGCAGCAGGAGCGUUGCUGCGGCCAGCUAUAGUGAUAAUGAGAGGAGGGAAGAAGCAGGAGGAGGAGCGAUGGAAGAAGGGGGGUUCGCAGAUGUGAUGGGGAAGAAGAAGCUGGGGCGAAGGGCCAAGCGAUGCAUGGAGAUGCUUAUAGAGGAGUUUAAGGACAGCCUUGUGAAGCACUGCAAGGCGUUUGAGGUGCCGAUGGCGAAGGGUGUUUUGGACCUCAGUGUCCGAUCUGCUUCACCUCUCCCCCGCUCUGUGUCUGCUGGUGAUGGUGCUCUUGGUACUGGGGCUGCUGCUGCUGCUGCUGCUGUUGCUGUUGCUGCUGCUGAUUCUGCAACGGCAGCAGCAGAAGCAGCUGCGGAAGAGGAGGCUGCAUCAGCAGAGGAAGCGGCAUUUGCAGGCGAAACGGGAGAGAAGAGUGGAGGGAAUGUGGAAAGAGUAGGGGAAGGAGGAAGAGGGUGGAGAGGAGGAGGUAGAGGAAGAGGAGAUGCGGCAUCACGGACUGGCGGCAAAGGGAAAGCUGCAGGGAGUGGCAUGGAAGGAGAGAUGACAGAAGAGGAAGCGAGUGUGCAUAAGCGCACCAUGUCAGACGAUCUGUUUGCGCGUGAUCCCCUGCAUGCAGCCUUCGGUGUGUGCCACCGUAGCCCCCACGUCUCCCCCAACUCCAACCCUUCUGCUGUGGCCGCUGGAAGGGACGGGACAGCAGGUGGAGGAGAAGGAAGCGCAGAAGGAAUGGGAGGAGUAGCAGCAGCAGCGAUGGCGGCAGCAGGGAAAUGUCCAGCGCAUCGUUUCAGCACUCCACAUGUGGAGAUUCCCUGCAUCCCUGAGCUCAUAUCCCCUAAGCAGACCCAUCCCCAUCCCCUCUUUGCGGAAUUAGAAGCUGUGGAAGUGCAAGAUACCUUUGCAGCGGAAUCCCAUGAUCCUAGGAUGGGGGCAAAUGCUAGCAGAAACCAUGAUGCUUGUGCUCAAAACGAGGCUGCUACAAAUGGGGAUGAGGAGGAAGAUGGGGGGGGUUCCUCCAAUUUCACGUUCUCUCCUCUCUCAGACACAUCAGGCUCGGCGAGUUCUGCUUCGGUGUCCCGAAGCACCCGGGCAGCUGCAGAAGACAUCCCAAACCUGCUGCCCUCUCCGGUCCAGAUGUCCGGACCUGCGUCUAUUGUGAGUGCUGUGUCUGCGAUCCACGCCCGGAAGAACCGAGCCUCACAAUUGGUUCGAUCUGAAUCAGAGGCAGCAGCGGAUGGAGCGCGGCGGUUCUCGCGCCGGGAAAGGGAGCAGCAGAAGAAACAGCAGGAGAGGAAUCGGCAGCAGGUUCAGGAGGAAGAGGACUUGUAUCCGCUCCCGGACCUGCCAAGUCAGGCUUGGCAGAGCCGAGCCACCAGGCACGGUCGGUCUCAGUCCACUGCAGCGAAUUUCACCAUUGUGCCUCGAAGAAGCACGAGAGGAGGGCUAGAUGGGGAGGCUGGAACGAGUGUGACUGUAACAGGAGAUGCUGCUGGUGGGGUAGGGGCAGGGGCAGGGGGAGGGGCAGGGGGGUUGAGAGCAGGAACUGGAGGGGUGGAGCCCCUUCCCCCUUUAGGGGGAGUCAGAGGGCGGAGGGGGGAAUCUGGUCCGCUGGCAAGACCAAGGGGGGUUGGGGGAGGGGUUGCAGGAGGAGGGGUGGGUAGGAGUGAGAGAGGAGGGGGGAUGGAGGAGGACGGGCAGCAGCAGCUGGUGCCAUGGCUGCCUGUGAAGGCUGUACCUACUCUGGAAAGAAUCGCUCAGCAGCUAGCAGAGGGCAGCAAAGCAAAGGAGUGCAUGGUUGAGUACUGCACACUGCGGGCAGCAGCCCUCGAAGCAGCCAUAGCAGCCCUGGAGAUGGGGGAAAUGCGUGCCCCUGCCCUCUCCGCUCUGCCUUGGAGUUCCCAAGAGGCCUUUCUCAAGGCCUGGGUGCGAGAUGCCUACCUCCUGAUGGACGUGCUGCUAGUAGCGGAGCGCUUCCUCUGCGACAGCGUGUUCCUCUUCUCUCACACCCUCUCCACCCGCUCCUUCCGCCGCGUCGUGCGGCGAGCAGCAGCGCUGAAGCAGGCGCUGCACCUGCUGUGCGGCAACGCUGCUGCCAUCUGCUCAUCUGAUGAACAGCCCGAGAAGUUGUUCAGUCUGCUGGAUAUGAUUCAGACCACCCAGGACCUCGGGUCGCAGCGCCCUGCCUUGCUUGACCCUCCCCUCUCCACUCACUCACCUAUGCAGAUGGAAGAUGUGCUGAUGGCAGCAGGUAUGGAAAAAGCCCAUGAGCAAUGGAAGAAGCUGCCAAAACUGCUGACAUCAGCAGCAAUUGCGUCGAUUGAUAAGCUCAAGGAGAGGCUGAACGAUGUUGGUGCGGCGCAGCAGGCCAUGGCUGUUGCAGCAUCGCCACGGUCUGCACAGAAGAUUUUCAGGUGGGUGAAACGGGGUGAAAUCGGAAUAGAAAAGGAGACGGCUCCCGUUAUGCUCGCUUGCUGGAGAGCGUGUACAGGAGAAGAGGAGGGGAGACAGGCACAAGAAGAGUAUUGGACGAGGAAAUCAGUUUCUUACCCCCUCGCUCUCUCCUCUCACUGCCACAGAGACGGUUCUCGGUAUGCGUGCAUGCUGGAGAGCGUGUACAGGCGAAGGGGAGGGGAGACAGGCACAAGAAGAGUGCUGAAUGAGGAGAUCAGUGACCUUCUAGCGGCGCUGCACCACAACAUGGAAGUGCGGGCAGAGGUCAUUGCAGAGCGUACUGUUGCUGCUCUCUUCAUGCUCAACAACACUGCCUAUUGCAAGCACGAGCAUGAAGGAGGCUAUGAAGCAGUCCGAGCGGCUUAA